UAACCAAUGAACAAAUAUUUUAAGCUUGGUCGGCAGUUAUUAAACUGCUCCAGGCCUCUUGGUCAGCAGCCGGAUUACAGAAGAAGUUUGUCAGCUGCUGCUCAAAUGUCUGAAUCCUACAUUGAGCAAUUGAGAAGCUGCGUUUCUGGAGAUACUAACAGGUUAACAUCCAGUUCUGCUGUGCGAGAUCUAUUCGGGAAAGAUGAAAGCCAUUUUAUUCAUUCUCCUCUGCCUGAUUUAGUAGCCUUUCCUAAUUCAUCUCAGGAAGUGUCUGAUCUGCUAAAGUUUUGUCAUACAAACAACAUCAAUGUUGUGCCUUUUGGAACCGGGACUGGAUUGGAAGGCGGUGUAACCUGCCCCGAGCAUCAGAAACGACCAUAUCUAUCGCUAAGCAUGACAAACAUGGCUGAAAUUACCGCACUCAAUGUCGAAGAUUUCGAUGUAACCGUCCAACCCGGAGUUACGAGGCAGAUGUUAAAUGAUGCCCUUAGAGAUAAAGGACUCUGGUUCCCCGUGGAUCCGGGCGCAGACGCCUCUCUUUGCGGAAUGUGCGCGACAAGUGCAAGUGGCACAAAUGCAGUCCGCUAUGGCACCAUGCGAGAAAAUGUCCUCAAUCUUGAAGUUGUAUUGCCAGAUGGUACAAUUUGUCAUACACAGGGUAAAGGCACAAGGGCCAGAAAGACAGCAGCUGGACUGAAUUUGACCAACCUGUUUGUGGGAUCGGAAGGUACUUUGGGAGUGAUCACAGGAGCGACGCUCAGAAUCCAUGGGAUCCCGGAGGCAUCUGUUGUCGCAGUGUGUACUUUUUCGUCUCUGGAGGAAGCGGUCGAGAGUGCUACUAUGGUGAUGCAAUGUGGCGUGCCAAUUGCGAGGAUGGAAUUGCUGGACCCGGCCAGCAUCAACGCCUGCAACAAAUACAGCAAAUUGUCUCUUGAUACAAAACACACUCUCUUCUUCGAGUUUCACGGAAGCGAAAGAGGUAUUACAGAACAGGCAGAGACGGUGGGAGAGAUCACGAAGGAUUGUGGCGGAAGCAACUUUGAAUUCGCCAAGGAAAUGGAGAGGCGCAAUGAGCUGUGGAAGGCGAGACAUGCAGCCUACUGGGCUAUUCUGGCAACUAAGCCAGGCCUGAAGGCAUUCAUCACUGACGUCUGUGUGCCAAUCAGUAACCUCACCCCAUGCAUUCUGGAAGUGAACGAGGUCAUAGAGACGAAUGGUUUCAUGGCCAACAUUGUGGGUCAUGUGGGCGAUGGAAAUUUUCACUCCGUGUUGAUGUACGAUGCAAAUGAUAAAAGCGAAGAGGAACGACUGAAAAAAGUAACGACUGCCGUUGGCGAUCUGGCCAUGAAGUACCAUGGAACGUGCACUGGUGAACACGGAGUGGGUCUGGGAAAGAAACACCUGCUGAAGAAGGAAGUGGGACCGGAGACGUAUGCUCUAAUGCAGCAGAUCAAAAGAACACUGGACCCCAACUGUAUCAUGAACCCUCACAAAGUAUUCGAUGUAUGAAUUGUAGACGAAUUGGAAAAAACUAUUGAACUGACUUAUCAAACUGAAAAGCAAACCAUUACUAGUUGAACUAGUAUAUGUACUGUAAAUGUUAAAUGGAACUGCCUUUUAUGGCAAAGUCGGACACAACAUGACUACAGCUUUCAUGGCUAUAGGAUUCUAAAUGCUUUUGGUACCUGAAUUUCGUCUCUGAGUUCGAACUUGAAUUCUUACUUUUAAGUUAUGGCCGUAAAAGUUAGCAAAUACAACCACAUAUCGGAUGUUGCCUGGGCCACAACUGCCCUUUGAUGUUGUAAUUUUAAAUCAGAAAUAGAUUAAAGGAAAACAGCUCAAAGCGUUUCAGACUUAAAUGAAAAUUGUUUUGUUCAUAUUCUUUUUAGAGAUGGUAUUUAAACGUAUGAGUUACAGAGCAAACAUAGGUUUGGAAUAUUUAGACCCAAGAAUCUUAUGUGGAAAAUGUUGCCGUGAAAAAUAGAGCGUCAUCUGAUAUUUGUUUUGCCUUCUGAAGAUGUUAUAUUUCUAUUAUAGAUAGCUAAUCUCAAUAUAAAACUCGCGGUGCUCAACAGUUUGUAAAUUUGUGAAAAUUUUGUUAGAAUACUUUUUUUAUCGAUUCAUUGUUCAACUUA